ACUACCGUAAUCUUCGUCGUCUUCUUCUUCUUUCCCCAAAACUCCGGCGAUCCAUUUUUAUCUCUCUCUCCUCUAUUUCGCGGUGGCUGUAGCGGUGGCGGCAAUCUGUGGUGGAUGGCAAGAACCAAUAAAUACACCUCCCUUAACUUCAACGACAUCUACGAGAAGAAAACCGCCCAUAGACCCAACUCUACGUCUUCUUCGUCUCCGAGCUCCAACAAGACUGUUAUUUCCAACUCUCGAAUCCAUGGCCAUAUGCUCGUCCUGAGCCGUCCCACGCCCAAACCCAUAUCCAUACCUCAACCCCAGACCGACCCAAUCCAACAGAAACCCAAGUUUCAGGGCACAGAUACGGCUAUUUCAGCUCCGGCCCCGGAGAAAACCCGAUCCGACCCGGACCUGGACCCCAUUUCUCUCCGUCCCCAGGGACGAACGGGGUCUGGGCCGAUUAUUUAUUCGCCUCCGGUGUGCUCCACCUCGCCUUUGCAGUCGCCGUUGCCGAAGUCUGACCGUUUCGUGCCGCCUCAUCUUAGGCCGGGAUUUGUGGGCCGCGAAGAGAGGCCUGUGACGGGUGGAAGGGGCGGCGGGGGGUCAAAUCGUAUGGGAAAUAUUGGGUCGUCGCUGAAUGCUUACGGGGAGAACGGAAGGCCUAAAUCGGGAGGCGGGUAUGAGAGAACGAUGAUCGGCGGUGAAGCUGAGUCUGCGAUCUUCAUGAACCGUCCCCGUUCCGGCGGGGCUCGGCCCAGAUCAAGUGGAUGAUAGCAUCAUAUGAACUUGGUGGAGCUUGCUAUGCUCCAUCGGCCAAGUGGCCAACAACGAGGAUGAAUAAUCAUCUUCUGGCCGUUCUGGAGGCCAAUGAAUCUCGAGAAAGUGCUGCUAAAAAUGGAGAUUCCUUCGCUGUGAGAGAAGUGAAUUUGAAGUAGGAUUCUGAGCAGGUGGGCUCGUUUUGAUCUGCUGCAAUAACCCCGGGUGAUGGAUGAGGAGGAAGCAUGCAUUGUUAAUCUGGUGUUAUAGGAAUUGGCUCAAGGAUCAAAGCCCCUAUCAGAUUUCUGUCGUUUGAUCAUCAUUUCCAUUUCUAUUUAGCUGCUGCUUCUUUAUUAUCAAAAACUCUUUGUAGAAAUAUUGUAUGAUCUUCCUCUUGUUUACCUUCUGAAACUAGAAUGAACAGUGGAUUAUGUAAUUCAAAACCUUUUGCUUUUCUUAACUCU